GAGCCGCGCGCACGCCGCUGCGCACAGCGGGGCGCGCAGGUCCGGGUUCAGGGCCUGAGGCCUCGCGCACGUUGGCCCCAGCCUGCCGCCGCCGCGGCGCGCGCGGGGGUGCCAUGCCCGUCUCGCCGCGGGCACCGGGCGGCGCCCUGCUGCUGGCGGUGCUGGCCGGCGCGGCGGCGGGCCGCGAGAGCGCCCAGGACCCUGGCUGCUCCUGGGUGCCACUGGUGGCGCAGGGGUCCGCCUACCUGCCGAUGGCCCCCAGCAUGGGGCAGCAGACCACGUGCUCCGAGGUCACCGAGGGCCGAUGCCCCUACACUGUGCCGUUCCCGGGCUUUCCUUGCCUCGUGAACUGCAUACGCACCUCGGAUGAUUGCCUUCAGUACAACAUGAAGACUGUGACCGUGAAUCCAUACGUGGAUUCCACGCGGUGCGUAUCCUGUGAUAUUUCAGGCUGCGCGUCUUGCAAGUUCGACAACAACAGCGUCGCAUCUUGCGCCGCAUGCUUCGACGACUUUGUCCUUGCAGAGGACCAGAAGAGCUGUGUUCUGUGGGACCAGAAUGGCAUUUACACAUCCUUCUCGGUCAUGACAUGUCUUCUUGCGGUGCUUGGGGUCAUGACGCUCAUCUGCACCUGCUUCGGGGCCAUCACAAUGUCUUGGCAUUUCCACGGUCAUGUUCCUGGACAUCCCGCUUGGGCCAAGACACUUUCGAAUUCCAGGGACACUGAGAAGCCCAGUGAGCUCGAGUCUCCUCUGCUGCCAACUCAAGACACUCAGUGUAGUCAGGAUCAACGUUGUCAGGACCACAAGAUGCUGAACAUUCGUGCGAUCCACGCUGGCUUAAACUUCAGCCUAGUUUCUUCGAUGAGGUUCUCGCAGAUGCGCAGUCGAAACUGGGGACAGGUGAGGAACGUGAAGGGGAGCAUGAAGAGGAGGUUUACUGAGAGGUCUCUUGAGCUCUGGACCAGAUGUGAUUCAAUGACAGACGCAGGCCUUGGGCUACAGUUAUUCUUCCGGACGCAGGAGUUUCUCUUCGUGAUAUCAUGUGUGUUCGUCAUGGGCUCCUUCUGUUGGAAUCGCGUGUGGCAUGAUUACAUCACCUUCGAAGAGUUGUCGUUGGAAUUCGAACAGCAGUGCUCUCAAACGCUCUACAACCAAUCUGCGGUGCUUCAAGGUCCCAAAAAGGUACUCGACACGCGCAUGCAGUAUGCGAGCGACCAUGUCUACUUAUGCGCAUCUGCUUGGGUUGUGGCGCUUCUGUUGAGUUGGCUCUUCCACUAUAGGCAAAGGCGGUUCAUCCGGAAAUAUGACAAAACUACUUUGUCUUCGGAGGACUACACACUAAGGCUAUCUGGUCUGCCCGAGGAUCUUACGUCCGAGAAAGCACUGAAGAGAAUGCUGGAAAAGGAGCUGCGGAUGGAGAACAACAUACACGGCGUGUGCAUAAUCUACAACCUCUUGGCUCUCCCCCCAGAGGACAUCGAGCGCAUCGAGGACAUGAUCGAGCACAUCGUUGAGGCCGACGAUCUAGACAACGAUUGGGUCCCCGAGGAGCUCUCCACAGGCACGGACAAGUUGAAGAAAGCGAUGGAGAAGGAUAAGGAGUUUUUGAUAGACAUGAUGACGAAGCAAGAAGGCGCAGGGCUCAAAAGCAGUGGUGAAGCAUAUGUUGUUUUCAAGAAGCAGAGGGACAUGGUGCAGAUUGUCAACGAGCGCCGGGGCAUCAACUACAACGCCUUCAAACAGGAUGCUGACAGUUCGGAUGAUGUUGUGUCGCCCUUGCGUAGUACUCGCAACUUUAUGUUUCACGCUGCCAGCAUUGUCGGCGAGGUCGAUGGCGACCAGAUGGUGAAAGUGCACGCCAGCGACGACGAGCCUGCGGGCAUACGCUUCUGGGAUCCUGGAAGCUCACGCCAUUCCACCACUCCCCAGCAGACGAUGAUCGAGAAUUGUCUACC